AUGAGGGGAAACGGGAAAAUAGGAGAAGAACCGAAUGCCUACAACCACAAGUUCUCGCUGAGGAUCCCCCCGAACCAGACUGCCGAGGACUACCUCCUCCUGCAGCAGGAACUGGACAGGCGCUUCCCUCACGCCGGGGUUGUGGGUCCUGACGUCACGCGACCGAAGAAGAUGAACAGGAAGCUGGCUUUGAAGAUGUCUUCCGUUGAUUAUCUUGCCAGUUUCCUGUCAACGGUGAAGAUAAACUUGACAGCUGUUACGUGGCAUCAGUAUUACGUGAAUGGACGGACAGCAACACUUGAGAAGUUUUUGGCUCCUGAGGUCUUCGAUCAGCUGAUCUGGCAGGUGGAGGAAGUUGUGCGGGUGAGAGAUCAGCUGUCUCCGAACACCCCAGUCUGGCUCACCGAAACCAGCUCCGCCUGGGGGGGAGGCGCCCCCGGACUCAGCAACGCCUUCGUCGGGGGGUUCAUGUGGCUGGAUAAGCUGGGGGUGGCGGCCCGUGGGGGGAUCAGCCUCGUCGCCCGCCAAACCCUCUAUGAUGGCUGUUACGCGCUCCUGGAUCGGGAUCUGAACCCUUAUCCGGAUUACUGGUUAUCCGUGUUGUUCAAGAGGCUCGUCGGGGGUCGAGUCCUCAGCCUAACGACUCAUGAAGCUCCGAAAACAGUUCGACUCUAUGCUCACUGCUACAACGAGGAGGCGGAGGAUCACUUCCCAGGUUCUGUUGUAAUUUACGGAGAGAACUUGGGUCCGUUUUCUGUGACCGUCGACCUUGAGGGGAGACUCAAGGAAUCGCCUGUACUACGGUAUCUUCUGGAGGCGCCGAAAGGAGAGCUUAGGUCGAGAUCCGUCAUGCUGAAUGGCCAGCGACUCCGCGUGACGUCAUCGAACGAAUUACCCACAAUGCACCCGCGCGCAGUUUCACGGGGCGUGCUGGUCUUGCCGCCCACAGCCCUCGGGUUCUGGGUGUUCCCUCACGCCCAUUUGCCGGCUUGUCUUUGAGCGGUUUGGGGGCGGGGGAUUAAAAGGAUAAAAUUAAGGAAAAAGACAUAUGCGCUGAUGCAGUAUUGUGUUUUUUUUUUAUUCUGUCUUUCUUUCUUUUUCCUUUUUUUAUCUUAUCUAUUUCUUUUCUCUUUCGUCUUAUUUUUUUCUUUUCUUUUCAUUUUUUUUUGUAUCGUAUAAAUAAGAAUAAGUCGAAAUAAAAUCUAUAUUAUCGUAUCUUA